AUGUACUCCUCCCAUCGGUGUUCCCCCUCCCGUGCUAUGGCUCUCACUGGCCGCUAUGCUUUCCGAAGCGGCAUGGGAUCCUUUCCGAUCGCCCGAGAAGUCCCCUUCGGAAUGAAUACGAAUGACAAAACCCUUCCUGAGUAUUUGAAAGAAGUCGGCUACGACACGCACGCCGUUGGAAAAUGGCAUUUAGGAGUUUGCAACAGCUCGUAUCUCCCAACAAACCGAGGUUUCGACACUUUUUAUGGCCACUACUCCGGCGCUGUGGAUUACAGAGGACAUUACAUAAAACGAUCAAAGACAUUUUUCCAUGAUUUCUACGACAAUACAGAGGAACGGCACAAACUUGACUUACAAUCUGAUGGAGAAUGGACUACAGAUCUGUUUCGCGAUCGAACAGUUGAAAUUCUCAAGCAAUCAAAGAAGACCAACACGCCUGCUUACGUCUAUCUCGCUUUCAACGCGCCUCACGAGCCAACCCGAGCGCCGGAAGAGCUCAUCGCUAGAAUCCAAGAAAAGCACCCUGAAAUCGCUUACACUCGGGCUGAACACCUCGCAGCUGUCAACCAAAUCGAUACGGCUGUCAGAGAGAUUUACCAACAAGCAAAGAAGGACAAACAUAGAGAGACGCUGAUUGUUUUUCAGUCGGAUAACGGAGGCGCUGUGAAGAAAUUUGGCGGCGGAAGAAGUCCCGACUCGAGCGCAGUUGAUUAUGAUGAGCUUGACUACACCCCACGAGCAUGCAACUACCCGUACAAGGGAUUUAAAAACUCUCUUUUUGAGGGCGGUGUUCUUAGCCCCUCUUUCCUCAUAUCCACCACUAGAAAAUUCGCACGAUCAAGGUUGAACUAUCCCUUCCACAUCGUCGACUGGGUCCCCACCUUUCUUGAUUUCGCGGGAAUCGAGCCAGACUCAAGCAUGGACGGAAUUUCGAGAAAAAUAGAACUUGAAAAUCGAUGGGUGAAGAAUAAGAGGGAGAGUUUUGUCUACGGCGUUUUGGAUUUUUACAAUGAGAAGAAGCAAAGGUGGGAGGAUCAGAUUGCUGUUAGAUAUGGAAGGUAUAAAUUUAUGAACUUCAAUAUGAAGGUAAAUACUUUUAAAUGCGAUGAAAAUGCAGACAAACCAGUAACAGUAAACAGCGAGCUACGAAGAUUUUUCGAUCGCCCGAGCAGCUACUGGGAAAGAGUAUUCUCGGAGUCGAUUACUGUUGCUGACGAUUAUGAGAAAAAAGUCCUGCUGGACGGAUACAGCUUGUACAAUCUCGAGGAGGACCCAUUUGAAAUUGAGAAUCUCGUCGGUCCUGAUUCAGAAAAUCCAGAAGCCUACUCUGAAAUCAUAGAGGAGAUUCUUAAUUACAUUGAGGAGCAAAAGAGCAAAGGACAUGUUCUACCGCCGAUUCCAGGGGAUGAAAAUGGGAAGCUUUACACGAGGAUUUUUCAGCGAAUGGGGCCUGUUUAUGGUGGAUCAGCGAAAGCCUACUAUGAAACAAAAAGAAUAAUUCCCAUUGAUAUCGGAGGCUAUUACGAAAAACAAGGCUACCUCGGAACUGACUGGUGCACCGGAAAUUUCUAUGACAACGAAAGAGAUAAAUUCUUAGAGCUACUUGACCUUUACCGAGGAGACCCAACAAAAAAUGAUCUUGUUAAAGACACAAAUCUGCUGCUAUCAAAAAGUAUUUUCUUUCAAUAA